UAUAUUGUACAAAUAUAGUACAACUUGGGGUUGGAGCUGUUAUUUUUUUCCUGUUUUUUAAAUAAUUGCUGAAAUUUUUAUUUUGAUGGUUUUUUUAAUUAUUAUAACUAGGUGGAAGUCUAACUUGUGGUGGAUUGAGAAGUGAUUGUGGAUGCUAGCAAAUCUUCAAUUAUCUUUGAGGUAAAUUAAAUAUUUUAUUGGUUAAUUAAAGUCUUACUUGAAUUACACAAUUAAAGUGUUAUAUGAAUGUGUCGAAAAAUUACGAAUUACACAAUUUUUUAAGGAUUUAUAAUAUACAAAUUAAUAGUUUUCGAACUCUCAAAUUAUAAAACGAAUUAGAAAAUAUUAAAUAUUAAUUGUUUGUUUUAACUGAUUUAUAAUCUAACAUUUAGUGUUUGUAGCUAUAAAAAAAUUAGAAAAUAUUAAAUAUUUCGAAAUAAAAAUAAUAAUCUCAAAAUAUCAAAAUAUAGGGUUUCAAUGGCGACUCCGGGUAGGAAUACUGCCAAAGUUUUCGUGUAUAUAGGAGGCCAGAUUGUUCAUGAGGGAUUGUCAGUGAAUUAUGAUCAAUCUCAUCAUACAGUCGUACGAGUGAAACACGAUAUAUCUUUCUCAGACUUCUUGGCGAAAAUAUACUCACGUUGCCGAAUAGAUAAAAAUGAAUUUGUGUUAUCGGUGUCGGGCAAAAUAUCACGAUGGUAUCAAAAUCAGUGGAGCGAGAUAGUUUCUGAGAUAACAAAUGAUGAUGAUUUAGAAAUCUAUUUGCACCCGGAUGAAGGAAACGAUUCCAUAGAUGUUUAUGUUGAGUCUCAGCCUUUAUACAAUCCUUUGAUGCCUUCACAAUUCACUACAUCAGAGCCUCUCAACAUCAAUUAUUGCGCCGCAAUUCUAUUGAAAAGUGUUCGUGAAAAUCCAGUUUGUGAGAUUUCAAAGGCAAGAGAGAUUGUGACCGCGCAAAUAGGAUAUGAGAUAUCCUACAUGAAGGCAUGGUACACUUUGAAGCGAUGCAGAGAAAAUGUAUAUGGAACAUGGGAGAGUUUGGUCCAGAAGUUGCCAAAAUUUAUGAAAGCACUGCAACAAAGGAAUCCAGGCACAACUGUUGAGUGGGAACAUCACGCGACAAAUCAUCCAUCGAAAUUCAUAAUCAAAUACGUCUUAUGGGCCUUCAAGCCGUGUAUUGAUGGUUUCAAAUACUGUCGUCGGGUGAUCAGCGUCGAUGGAACUCAUUUGUACACUAAGUACAAACAUAAGAUGUUGCUUGCUGUGUGUUUGGAUGCGAAUCAACAAGUUUUACCACUUGCUACAUCUGCGCACCUUAUUCAUUUUACUCGAGGGAUUGCUUUUCUCAUAGUAGGGGGGAUUAUGUGUCCCGAUCACACUGGCGACUCUAUUCCGUUGAUGUAUUUGAGACAUUUAGAGGAUCUUGAUGCUGUCCGUACAUAUAGUUGGGGUAGUUGUACUCUAGCAGUCCUCUACCACGAGUUGUGCAAAGCAUCGAAGAUAUCUGCAAAAGAAAUCAGUGGCCCUGUUCAAUUAUUACAGAUAUGGGCAUGGAUGCGGAUUCCUCCAUCAAGGCCCAUACCUACUCUGGCAAAAUGGGGCACAACACUUGAGUAUGCAGGAUAUGAGUUUCCCGUACCACCUUACGGUGCACGGUGGACCAAUCAUGUCAGCUUCAAUGAGACUGGUGCACAUGUUCUUCGUAUUUUUAGGAUGAUGUUGGAUCAGAUGCUCCCAGAUCAGUUUAUAUGGACGCCAUAUGAUCUGGAUGAUCCGGAGUAUCAGGCUGUAGCUGGUGAUUCGGCGAUCGCAUGUUGUGGUAUAUGGGUAUCGAGAGUCCUCCUGAUAUGCUACGCAAUUGUGGAGAUGCAUCGACCAGACAGAGUAGUACGUCAACUCGGGAUGGUACAACCCAUACCUGAACCUCCUGAAAAUACUGAGACAGAUUUCCGGAUGCACGUCAAUGCUAACCGUACAGGUGCUACCAACCGAGAUUGGAGUCUUACACAUGUUUCGCAUGUUACCGCUUGGGAUAAUAGACUCAAUUAUAUUAUUGAUUAUCCAUAUGCCAGUGACAGUCAGACUACAGAAGAUGGUUAUUUUGAGUGGUAUGAACUGCACACACGUCGUUUCAUAUCACCGAUUACCCCAUCUGAUCGUACAGGAUUUCAAGUUGGAGGUCAGAUUUCAAUGGAUACAGUGAUUCAGCAUCUUCGAUCGUUGAUUGUUUCUGUUGAUGGCGGAGACACGCCCCGGGAUGGCUAUCGUUCGUAUUUACCGACUCUCAGAACAUGUCUUAAUGUCUUAGAGUCUCGACACGGACCUUCAGAUAGGCCUCAAUCUGAGAUGCCUUAUACUCAAACUCACCCUCAGACUCAGACUCAGAUACCACUGUCUCAAAUGCCUCAGUCACAGACUCAGAUGUACGCUGGCGAGGCAGGAACUUCUUCUCGUGCAUAUUAUCCGGCAUUCGAUAAUUAUACAGACCCUAGAUCACACGGGCAUCCAUCCGAUCCGUACACCCCAUACCCCUACUUUAAUCCGAAUAUGAAUUCGGAAGACCCAGUUCAUUUGGGGUCUACGCAUCAGUUUUCGUCUACAUCGCGACCGGUAGAUCAUCAGAUGACACCUAUUCCUUAUUCUCAAUCCGCAAAUUCUUCGAGUGAUAAUGAAAAUGAUGAGGAUGAACAAGUUGGUAGAGGGCACAAGACUAGAAGGCCCCCGAGAUGUGGCACCGGAGGUCACCGUCAUUGGUGA